AUGGUUUGGCCUCCAGCUCCCGUAUCUAUUCGGUAUACUCCACUAGCGGUCCGGGUCCACUACGCGCCUAUCGAUUUACGGGAGCCUCGUAGCUCUCUACCAGGCUCGAGUAAAAGGUCAACUGGUAAUCCGGUUUCCUGGCUUGGCCCGACACCUGAAAACAUUCCUCUCCCAGCAGUCACCAAAGACGAGCUAAUCACACUCGACACCACCUUAGAUGGCUCCGCCCCGGUCGAUGCAGCCUUGGCCCUCUCCACCGGUAUCGACGCAAAGAAUCGGUGCAUCUCUGUUGUGCGAGUACUACGAGACAUACCGCCGCCUAAUUUAGCAAAGUAUCCACCCGAGGAUAGAAUGCGCGUAAGGGGGCGCGAAGUCCGACUUGCAGCAAAACUACAGGACAAACGGAGACGGCAAGACGCAAAGGAAGGAAAGAAUGAACCGAAACCUUCGAUGCGAGCCGAUUUUGAAGUCUGGAUGGAGAUGAUGAAGCAUGGGUGUAUACCCGGUGAUAAGGAGCGGCCUGAGAAUUGGUCGCUGAGGAGUAUCGCCAGAUGGAAGACGCGUGAUGGGGGGCGAAAUGGGAAGCGGCAAAGGUGA